AUGGUUGGUGGACGUGGUCGUGGUCGUCGAGGACAGGUUUCGAUUGAGGAAGUCCCGCACCGUGAUCGUAAUAUUCAGGAUGUGACAAUUGAAGAUUUGCAGAGACAAGUUGCGGAGUUAACCCAAUGUUUGGCAGAGCAGGAGUUCGGUAAUCAUGAUGUGGAAGGUCUCGAUUUCGAUACCAGUUUCGAAAACCCGUAUCACCAUCGUGCUCGAGUUUGGGAGCAUCGUGGACGGGAGGAUCAUAAUGUGGAUCUCAGUUUCAGAGUAGAUCUGCCCGAGUUUUCUGUGGAGCAGAUUUUUGAAUAUAAGGAGGUUCCAGAUUGUGUCAAAGUGAAACUGGUCGCCACCAAACUCAAAGGUAGGGCAUCUGCAUGGUGGGAACAGUUGAAGCGUUCACGGGAGCGACAGGGGAAAUCUAAAAUUACUAACUGGGAGAAGAUGAAGAAGAAGAUGAAAGGGCACUUCCUCCCUUUAGACUAUACUCAAACCUUGUUUCAGAGGCUUCAUUCACUAAGACAAGGCGCAAGAUCAGUCAAUGAUUAUACUGAAGAAUUCUAUCAGUUGGUGGCUCGAAAUGAUUUAUCUGAGACGGAGGAGCAGAUUGUAGCACGGUAUUUAGGGAGACUAAGGCAGCCCCUGCAGGAUGUUCUCAGCCUUCAUUCAUUGUGGACAGUUUCUGAGGCAUAUCAGCGAGCACUUACAAUAGCGAAACAACAGAGUAGGCCAGUAGUCGGAGGUGAAGGAAGUCAGCCAGUUCACCCUCAAGAAUCUCGUCCUGUUUAUCAGCCACAGAAGCCUAUUGGUCAGAAGAAUAAAAAUCUUCUGAUUGAGGAGGAUAUGAUAGAGGACUUCAAGGAAGUUGGGAAACCCGUGUAUGAUGAGGGUGAAGAUGAGGACGUGCUAUAUGGAGAUGGUCAGGAGACCCUGGUCGUUCGAAAGAGCCUGCUGACUCCCAAGGGCGACUCAGGGGAUGAUUGGUUGAGGACUAACGUUUUCCACGCAACCUGCACAAUUGCUGAUAAAGUCUAUAAGCUGAUAAUUGAUAGUGGCAGUUGUGAGAAUGUAGUGUCUGAGGAGGCUAUCGAGAAACUGCAACUGAAGAUGGAUUGUCAUCCCAAACCAUACAAGUUGUCUUGGCUUAAUAAAGGUAGUGAGGUAACGGUAGAAAAACGAUGCUUAGUAUCUUUCUCGAUUGAAAAAAAAUAUUUUGAUAAUGCUUGGUGUGAUGUGGUAUCAAUGGAUGCGUGUCAUGUUUUGUUGGGACGACCUUGGCAGUAUGAUCGCAGUGUUAUCCAUGAUGGGCAGAAGAAUACUUAUUCUCUUAGCAUCAAAAGGAAGAGAAUUGUUUUGGUCCCUCGCAGGGAAGGAAACAUCCCUGCCCCGGUAGUUAAUAACCCUAAUCUACUUUCUAUGUCCAGGUUCUUAGUUGAGGUUGGGCAUGAAAAAAUAGUUUAUGCUUUAAUGCCUCGUGAAAAUAGUACAUCGAAUCUAGAUUCAGAAUUUCCAGCAGAAGUGCAGCAACUACUGAUGGAGUUUUCUGACUUGAUGCCGGAGGAUCUUCCUCCAGGGCUACCACCUAUGAGGGACAUUCAACAUCAGAUCGACCUCAUUCCGAGGUCGAGUCUACCAAACCGACCAGCAUAUCGCCUCAGUCCCAAAGAAGCUGAAGAGUUGCAGCGACAGGUGGUAGAAUUAUUGGAAAAGGGCUACAUUCGUGAGAGUAUGAGUCAUUGUGCAGUUCCUGCUCUACUAGUGCCGAAGAAAGAUGGGUCAUGGCAUAUGUGUGUUGACAGCAGGGCAAUUAACAGGAUUACAGUGAAGUAUAGAUUUCCAAUUCCCCGUCUGGACGACAUGUUGGAUUAA